GGCCGAAUAUGACCUGAAGGACAUCUCCUACAAGGUGAGGAGCCCCACGUGCCACGAGCUGAUGGUCCUCACCUCCUCGGAGCGGCCCAUGGUCUUCAGCUUCGAGGAGGAGCGGGAGGCACAGAAGUGGUGGACCAUCGUCAGCAGCUCCCUGCGGGAGGUGGAGAAAGCCCUGGAGAGCCUGCUGGCAUCCCAGGCCCCCUCCCUGCCCCAGGCUGCCGGGGGCCUCUGUGGAGAUGAGGAUCCGGAGACCCUGGAGAUCGCCGAGAAAGAGGACAUGGCCCUCCACCUCGCCCAGGCCAUCGAGUACGGGGACGAGGAGGUGGCCGCCCGGUGCGCUGUGGCCCUGGCUCGGCAACAAGCCACCCUCACCAUCCUCUUCAGGGAGUCCAACUACCCCACGGAGGACAUCAGCAUGAAGGUGGUGGUGGAGGACGCCACGUCUUCUGCCAGCAUCACCAUCAGGGUCCGUGCUCACACUACCAUCGCAACGCUCAAGCAGCAGGUCUUCCAGGAUUACGGUUUCCACCCGCUGGUGCAGCGCUGGAUCAUCGGGCAGUGCCUGUGCGUGGACGAGCGCACCGUCUCCUCCUACGGCAUCCGCGGGGACGGGGACACCGCCUUCCUCUACCUCCUCUCCGCCAAGAUGGCCGAGCUCACCCAGCAGCGCUACGAGGAGGACCAGGCCCAGCUCGUGCUCCAGUCCACCUCCUCGCCCCCCAAGGCCACCGGCGACGGGCGCCAGUACAACACCCUGCCCAACAGCUCCCCAAAAAAAGGUGGGGGGGAAGGUGGCAGCAGGAGGAUGGACAUCUCCGAGAUCAGCCAGCACCUGGAGGCGCUGCAGAUGGGGGACCUUUCUGGUGGCCAACCCCAGCCCCCUUCCACCAACCUGCCCUCGCCCGUGCCGACGGGCUGGUCGUGUCCAAAAUGCACUUUCAUCAACAAGCCCACGCGGCCGGGCUGUGAGAUGUGCAGCACCGACCGGCCCGACGACUACGUGGUCCCCGGCGGCUACAAACCCGACGAGACGGAGCUGUGGAGGAUGCAGCAGGAGCAGGAGGGCAUCCUGCAGUACCAGCAGGGAAGGAGCGAGGAGGGCUCAGCCGCGCGCUGCCGCCCGGGCUCGGGUUCCUUGGAUGACUUCAUCCUUCUUUCCUCCGAGUUCUGCUAGCCUGCCCCCCCCCUGCUGCCCACCAGGGCCCCCCCAAGUGCCCACCGGGACCCGCCGGCCCCCACGUGUGCCCAGCAGCUGCCGCCAGACCCCCCAAUUUUUGCUCAAGCCCUAGAGCUGAUGUGGGAAAUGGCUGCAGAAGAGCCCGGGGGGGUCCAGGA